AUACGUGCUUGAUAUCAACCCAGAUAUUCUGGGCCGUCAUGUCGUGUCUUCGCUAUUCAACAGUUUUAAUAUUCGUUUUUUCUUCGAUUUUGGUUUUGUGUUUUGGAACAUCCGAUGACGAUUCUCAUGAAUGUGUGCGUCCUUGCUCCGGCGAAACAUUUUCAAGAAAGACUUGCGUUUAUCAGUUCUUCGUCACAGAAUUGCAGAACACAAUAAGUAGUAUUUGCGAAAACAAAAUCGAGGAGAAGGAUGAGAUUUCCACGUGUACAAAUGUUAUCGGGACAAAGAGCUUUUUGGCAAUUAAUGGAAGAAGUCCAGGACCAGCAAUACAAGUUUGUCUUGGCGACACAAUAGAAGUUGUUGUAUAUAACAAAUUAAAAAGUGACGAGUUAACUUUGCAUUGGCAUGGAAUUCGACAAAAGGACAUUAAUUAUAUGGAUGGUGUGCCUAUGAUAACGCAAUGCCCGAUUUUUCUCGCUGGUUUUCGUUAUAAAAUAAAUCCUAAGAGCGCAGGAACAUACUUCUACCACGCUCAUUCAGUCUCGCAGCAGGGCGACGGAGUGUACGGGUCAUUGACAGUUCGAGGACCACAUAACAAUGCCAGUCUGGAGAGGAUACUUUUACUGUCAUCAAGGUCACCAACUCCACUGACACAACAAACAACCUUAUAUCCACCUAUACCGAAUGAGCUCCUCGUAAAUGGUCAGGCACGAGAAGUAUUUGUACGAGUCAAACAUGGAUUUUCCUAUCUAUUACGUCUCAUUAAUGCCAAUGCCCACAACUGUCCCGUUUUGCUAUCCGCUCAUAGACACUCGCUCCGAGUAUUGGCUGCUGAUGGCAAUCCUGUGCAAUCAAUGACGGGCACGCAUGUUGUUUUAUUCCCAGGUAAUCUUUGGGAAGAUCUAGGCGCAUCCAGCGGAACGCAUCUCGGCAUGGAGUGGACCCGGGACAAGACUCUGGAGCUACUUCGCGAGUAUCAGAAACGCCGGGUCCUCUGGGAUUGGAACGCCCGGGGCUAUCGGGAUCGCACGAAGCGCAAACUGGCCAUCCAGGAACUCGCCAAGAUCCUCCGCUGCAACACCCUCGAGGUCGAGAAGAAGAUCACCAAUCUCAAGUGCCAGUACUCCCGGGAGGUGCACAAAAUUCAGAACAGCCGCGACACCGCGACCGGCCCGGAUGAUGUAUACGUCUCCAAGUGGUUCGCCUUCAAAGCGAUGCAGUUUCUACAAUUCGGCACGCGUAGAUACAGCAAGCGGAAGAAGAAAGUCGAGGAGGGAUCAAAACUACAGGAAGAAUACAUUGUCAGCGACAUCGAUCCUGAAAGCAUAACAUUCAUGGACUGCAAUGAAGAGACAAACGGCUCCGGUACCGGUUCCUUCAACGCUUCACUGAGCGAGGACGCUGAAGAGUCUUCAUCGUCCAGUCUAAAGGCGAUGGAAUUGUACAAUUGCUCCUUGCCAAGCCAAGACCUUGGUUCGCCGGUCGACCUCGACGAGGUCAAACAGACAAAGCUCAAAGUUGGAGAAACGGAUGAGAAGGGACGGAGAAAGACAAAGGAGGAGUUCGCCAAGUUCGGCGAGAGUAUCGCCGUUCAGCUCGCUGAGAUCCCGGACUCGUACUCAAGAUCGGUGGCCAAGCUCAGGAUCAAUCAGAUCCUCUUCGAGGCGGAGAUCGGGGUUUACGCGCAAACGCGCGAAAGACUUGAUUGUAUUCUAAUGGCAGAAAAGGCAAUUGCCAAAUAUGCCUUCGAUAUUCAGGGUCUUGGAGAUUGUCGUAAUUUGCGCCACGAGGGAUAUAUUUUUUACGAAGAUUUUACCAGAUUGGAUUCGUAUGCGAUAAAGGAUAACACUGAUGCUGACAGCCUUGAUGAACAAGCACUUAAGAUCAUUGAAAGUGGUCAUCAUUGUCAUAGAAUAUCGAAAAAUAUAAUUUGUUCAUUGGAUCUGAAGAAAAAAUUGUUGCAAUUGGAAGAAAAAGUGGACAAAACUAUCUAUGUGCCUUUCGACAUGAAUACUUUUUCAUUCUUUACGGAUGAUAUGACAGACAUGUCUUUCAAUUUUUAUGUAUCAAAGCACUAUCCAGCUUAUUUGAGCUUAGAUGAAGGCGUAAGGAAGAUAGCGCAGAUUAAUGGCAUGUCUUUCAAGUAUCCUUCAUCUCCAAUAUUAUCGCAACCGGAAAACGUUCUGAAGGAGUUGAUUUGUACCCUCGACAAACGUUCUAGGAGUUGCGCCGACACACCGUUGUUUUGCGAGUGUCUGCAAAUGAUUGAAGUUUCAUCGUGGAAAAUAAUCGAGAUUGUAUUAAUAGAUGAAGGUUUCGGAGGUGAUGUAUCUCAUACGUUUCAUCUACAUGGAUAUAAUGCCAGUAUCGUAGGCCAAGAAAGUUUCGAACAGCCUAUUACCAAAGAUGAAAUUAUAUCCUUGGACCGUAAUAAGAGGCUGCAUCGAAAUCUUGUGAAUCCGGUGCAAAAAGAUACUUUCGUUGCACCGAAUAAGGGCUAUAUUAUUCUUCGUUUCUACACUGACAAUUUAGGAUAUUGGUUAUGGGAAGCGAGAAGUACUGCUGUACAUCCUCAAUUAGUAGGGCCUAAAAUGCAAUUUGUAAUGAAAGUAGGACUCGAUCAAAAUUUGCCUCUUAUACCAAUCGACUUUCCUAGUUGUGGCAGUAACAAAGGCAUGGAUUAUAUCUUCGAGGGUGCAUAAUUUUCUUUUUAAAUAUAGCACAUGAUAUAAUAUAAAAUUUACACCAAAUAUAAUCAUUGAGUUAGAGGAAGUUUGUCCGACACAGGAUACAGGACAUUAUUGUUCAUUAUCGAACAGAGAAUAUAUUAUUUGAGACUGUCGUUUGUGAGACUGAUGGAAAAUGUUUACCAUUAGAUUAAAGCUUUGUUUAUCAGCGAAAAACACUGUAUAUUACAUACAAAAAUUUGUCAUAUAGACUGUUGCAUUAGCAGCCAAUGGAUUGAACAAACUUCUUGUUAUAUAAGUGUAAUUUCAUUUUAGGUGUACUGUGUUGACUAAAUAUAUAAAUUUAUUAUACAGUAUUAA